AUGGAUUCUACAGGCCUCACGGGUAAAGGCCGAAAUAAAACUCAACUGCUAAAACCGCGUCGCAUACGAUCUAGAACGCUGGUACACGUUACAUUUUCUGGGGUGCUGCUGAGAUUGCUGACUGGACUGCUGCUUGUGUAUCGUCACAGUAUCUUGCGUGCGUAUGUCAUUGGCUAUUUGUCCUCCACCACUCCGAGGGUUAUAUCGUCUUUACGGGAAGUUUGGAGGAAUGACUUGAACUAUCAACAGAAGUGCAGAGUGCUAGUUCGUGCACUGACGAGUGCAAUACGAUUGGAGAGCUUCCCCACAUUCUGUGCUUCUCUUGUUGGGGGUUCGACGGUGCUUCCCCUAGUCAUUUUUCGGCUGGCUGAGCUCUUAAGGCAAAGGCUUGGCUUCAAAUGUAGUCAAUCAGAAUCUGCCAAUUUUCUGCGUUUAUGUCGACUUGUCUGUGCUUUUCUAUCCGCGUGGUUGAGCUUUGAGCUGUUGAACCGAAGACCCAUUAGGCUACAAGGAGAUGAAAGGACGCUCGCUGACGAUGAAAAUAACGAAGCUGCUGAGAGGCAGCAUGGAAGCAAGAAUACAAUACAUAAUAGGCCUCAAUUUGCGGGUAGGACGAUGGAUCUGACGCUUUUUAGCUUUACCAGAGCAGUGGAUCUCGUAGCCUGCAUCAUGUGGGCUCGAUGGCGAGGGUGGCGGAGCACUCGGGGUCGCUGGAGUCGGGCAGAAUCUCUGGCACCAAAGCUUGCGGAUUCAGGCGUAUUUGCCGCUAGUGCAGCAGUCGUGAUGUGGGCAUGGUUUUACCUCCCCGAAAGGUUGCCAAAGUCUUAUGGGAAAUGGAUUGGAGAGGUAGCCAAGGUGGAUUCACGGUUGAUUGAAGCACUUCGCCGGGCCAGGAGAGGGGUCUUCGUGUAUGGGAAAGACACGGGGCAAGCGCCUCUACUCGAGUCCAUGUGCAAGGACUACGGCUGGCCUAUAGAAUGGGGUGAUCCCUCCAAAACAGUUCCUAUUCCCUGCGAAAUGGUACACAUGAGCUGUGGCCCUAACUGUGAGAAACACGCCGUAUCUCGGUUCGCUCGAACUUUUGGAUUUUCCUGUGCAACUUAUAUACCUUUACAAAUUGCCUUUCGUCUCCGGAGAUUGAACUCGAUAUUGUCACUCCGCCGGGCUGUAUCUGAUGCCUUGCGCUCAUCGGCAUUUCUUGCUUCGUUUGUGAGUAUUUUUUACUAUUCCGUCUGUCUCGCCAGAACCAGAAUCGGACCAAGGGUAUUCUCACGAGAUGUGGUAACCCCCAUGAUGUGGGACUCCGGGCUUUGCGUUGGAGCUGGAUGUUUGAUGUGCGGCUGGAGUAUACUUGUAGAAAGCCCCUCGAAACGGCAGGAAUUAGCAUUGUUUGUGGCACCUAGAGCUGCCGCAACUGUGCUCCCAAGGUUCUACGAUAAGCAGUACCAACAUCGAGAGCGCAUUACUUUCGCUGUCAGUGCCGCUCUUCUUCUCACUUGUCUUCAAGAGCGGCCUGGCAUGGUAAGAGGCGUUUUUGGCAGGAUUGCAACGAGUGUCCUGAAAUAA